UCUCCACUUGACCACCCCACGCCGACGCCGCCACCAACAGCACGGAACGGUUCCAGAUCUCACCUCGCCGCCGGCGCGAUGAGCCGCGGUGGCGCCCGCCGCGGCGGCAUCUUCGAUGGCCUCCCCAUCCCGGCCGACAAAUCCUACCUCAAGGAAGGACUCUCGCGGAUCGACGAAGGGUGGGCGGCGGCGCGCUUCGACUCGCUGCCGCACGUGGUGCACAUCCUCACCUCGAAGGACAGGGAGGGCGAGAUCCAAUUCCUCAAGGAGCAGAGCGACCUCAUCGAGGACGUCGUCGACGAGGUCGUCCACGCCUACCACCAUGGCUUCAACAAGGCCAUCCAGAACUACUCUCAGAUCCUGCGGCUGUUCAGCGAGUCUGCGGAGAGCAUCACCGGGCUCAAAGGGGAGAUGGCCGAGGCCAAGAAGCUGCUCGGGAGGAAGAACAAGCACCUCGGGCAGUUGUGGUACCGGUCCCUCACACUGCGUCAUGUGCUCUCCCUUCUGGAUCAGGUGGAGGAUGUUGCCAAGGUUCCUGCUCGAAUUGAAAACUUGAUGGCAGAGAAGCAGCUCUAUGCUGCCGUACAGCUGCAUGUCCAGUCAAUGCUGAUGCUAGAGCGAGAAGGCCUACAAGCGGUAGGUGCUCUUCAAGAUGUUCGUUCUGAUCUAACAAAGCUGCGAGGUGUACUAUUUUACAAAGUUUUGGAAGAGCUGCAUAGUCAUCUAUACAACAAUGGAGAAUACAGCUCGGUGACUUUCAGCAUGGUUGAUAGUGAGGAAGUACCAUCAUCUACGGCUACUGGUCGCUUAGUAAACAGCAUGCAACCUCUGUCCAGGAGAACUAGGUCAAUUAAAGGUGACAAUCACUUUGGUGCAUCAGCCACUCCAGAUGGGAUUCCUAAAACCAAUUCUGUUGAUGGUUCUUCGUUUGAUGGCCCAGAUGAUGAUAGUAGCCUGGACAUGCGUGAAAGUGAUGGUGGACGUAUUCGGAGGGAUUCCAAAAGUAUUUCUCGGGAAGUUCCAAGUUUCCUUUCAUGUGCUACACCAGAUGAGUUCCUUGAAUCAAUGACAAAGGCAGAUGCUUCCCUCAGUGUGAAAUACUUGAGAACAUUGGUGCAGUGCUUAUCCAUGCUUGGAAAGGUUGCGGCUGCUGGAGCUGUGAUAUGCCAAAGAGUUCGCCCUACAAUCCAUGAUGUUAUCACCUCAAAGAUAAGAGCUUAUUCCGAAGAGGCUUCAAAGUCUAAUAUAGACAGAGCAGCAAAAGGAACAUCCAAUGUGUCCCACUCAAAUGGACGUUUCGCUCAUUACCAAUUGCUCAAACAGAAAACGAAAAAUGGUGCAUCACUAAUGGCAAGUCAACUAGUUGUCAGUCCCAUCUCUCCUGCUAUGGCACCCAUUGGAGAUGCUCAGCGUGCAGCUAGUCAACUUCUUAGUGCAAUAUUUGAAUGCCUGGUAGACAUUCUUGAGAACCAUAUUACUGUUGGAGAGCUUCUUGAACAGAAAUCAACUGAAGUUGAUAAUGUAAACACUCCUCACAUGGCAAAUGGGGAUGCAAGCUGGAAUCCAGAUUCGGAAUCUUCCCAGGCUACUGGUGGCUUUACUGUUGCAUUCUCUUUGUCAGUUGUGCAGAGUGAAUGUCAGCAACUUCUGUGUGAAAUUUUGCGGGCAACCCCAGAGGCUGCUACUGCUGAUGCAGCUGUUCAGACAGCUAGGCUUGCAAAUAAGGACCCAGUGAAGGAAAAGAGGGAUGGAUCAGAAGGCCUUUCUUUUGCUUUUCGCAUUACGGAUGCAGCAAUCUCAGUGCCUAAUGAAGUUGCAGGUCAAGGAUGGCGAAGAAACUCAACAGUACCACAAGAAGGGUAUGGAACAGCAAGUGUCUUACCUGACCAAGGGAUUUUCCUAGCAGCAUCGGUUUACCGUCCUGUCUUUGAGUUUAUGAAUAAAAUAGGACUGAUGCUUCCUCAGAAAUAUUCGCAACUUGGGAAUGAUGGGUUAUUGGCUUUUGUGAACAAUUUCUUGAAGGAACACUUCUUGCCAGCAAUAUUUGUAGAUUACCGAAAAUGUGUUCAGCAGGCUAUAUCUAGUCCAGCCGCAUUUAGACCGCGUGUCCAUGCAACCUCAGUAUAUAGCCCAUUAGUUGAAAAUGGACGCCCUGUUCUACAAGGGCUUCUGGCUGUUGAUAUAAUAGCCAAAGAGGUACUUGGAUGGGUUCAAUUGAUGCCGAACUAUGCCACUGAGCUUGUUGAGUAUGUUCGCACAUUUUUAGAACGAACACAUGAAAGAUGUCGUGCAUCCUAUAUGGAGGCUGUCCUUGAAAAACAAAGUUAUAUUCUCCUCUCAAGGAAUGAUGUUGAAAGUUUAAUGCGCCUGGAUCCAGCAAAUCUUUCUUUGCAAAAUUCUUCUGGUCAACUUGACAACAGUAUUCCAGAUUCAGAAGCCGUUGAAGUAGAGAUUGAACUAAGCGAGCUCCUAUUGGAUAUGUGCCCAAUAAAACAGGAAAACUUGAUCCAUGAUGACCAGAAAUUGAUAUUAUUGGCAUCUCUUAGUGAUUCAUUAGAAUAUUUAGCGGAUUCAGUUGAAAGGCUUGGAGAGUCAUUCAUUGGUCCAUCCACCACAUUGGAGAACAAAAGUCACAUCCACCAGGGUCACCAUACUCGCUCAACUAGUGCAAUUCCAAAAAGCCUUGCAUCACUUGCUAAUGAGUAUAGAAGGCUAGCAAUUGAUUGUGUCAGAGUCUUGAGAUUGGAAAUGCAAUUAGAAUCUAUAUAUCACAUGCAGGAAAUGACGAAAAGAGAAUACGUAGAAGAUCAGGAUGCUGAAGAUCCUGAUGACUUCAUCAUCUCACUCACAACUCAGAUUGCACGUAGGGAUGAAGAAAUGGCUCCUUAUAUUGCAGAAUCUAAAAGGAACUAUGUAUUUGGUGGGAUUUCUAGCGUUGCUGCUAAUGCAUCAAUAAAGGCACUCGCCCAGAUGAAGUCGAUCAACUUGUUAGGUGUCCAACAAAUAUGCAGAAAUUCUAUAGCAUUAGAACAGGCUCUGGCAGCCAUACCCUCAAUCGACAGUGAAGCUGUCCAACAGAGAAUAGAUCGUGUUCGGACAUUCUAUGAACUCUUGAAUUUACCUUUCGAGUCUUUGCUUGGAUUCAUUGCAGAACAUGAGUAUUUAUUUUCUGCAAAAGAAUACUUGAGCGUGUUAAAGGUCAAUGUUCCUGGUAGAGAGAUGCCAAUGGAUGCUGAACGACGCAUAUCUCAGAUUUUGGGCCGUUAAAAUGAAUUGGAAUAUGAAGAUGGUUUAUCUAGCUUAUUCCGUUGUUAAUGCCUAUAUCUUAU